GUCAAAUAUGUCAAUAUAGCACGCUUUAAACUCAAACAAAGAAAUCCAGCAUCCAUUUUCAAGCUUUCAUGGGAUCAUUCCAAACAUUAAACCAAAACAACGCCAGCAUGCUUUAAAAAAAAAUGAAUCGCAACAUCCAACGAUUUCGGUUUCUAGCAGAAGCAGAUCCCAACUAAAACCCACUAACAAACUUAGCAGAGCCAACAAGGUUAUAUACAUCGUUCUUACGAACUCAUGAUACACUCUCCACACAACAACCAUGCAACAGUUCAUUCUCAAAUCCACUGACGAACUUAGCAUAACCAACAAGUUUCUACAUCAUUAAACAAUUUUACCACAUCUCCCAACACAAUAAAAUACUUUCAUAAAUGUACCAACAGAAACUAAAUGUCAAACCCUAUAUGGUUAAUUAAGGAAAGAUAGAAAGGGAUAGUACCCAAAGAUUGACGAAGAGCGCGGUGGUCAGCCCUGAUGUUKUCUACCAGUGGCAACUAUAGRUAGCUCAACAACUUCACGACCAAAGAUUCUAAGAAGACCAGCCGAUACAACUAGACGACGAGUCCAAARCUGGAAAACUUUAAGGUCUAAAACUCUCYGGUUCAGAAAGACACCAAGCGCAAAACUCCUUUCUCCAAAUCGCACUUUCCCAACCGAAUCCAACUCCUCUCCAAGAAGAAGACGAACAACAAGCUGUUGCCUUCUUCUAAAGCGACUCGAAUCUAAACCAACAAUUCGUUCCUUCCUUUUUCCGAUCGACGAUGUGCUGCGGCGGAAAGCUGUGCAUGCUCUGUGUCUGCCUGAUCGCGGUCGCCGUCGCCGUCGGAUUGCUCUUCGGAUUCGGAGUUUUCAAGGACGGCUUCCACAAGAUCAAAGAUAAAGUUGAUUUCUGCGAUGGACCUCUGUGCRGCGGCGGCUCCUCAUUUCUAGGUUUUCUCUUCCGUAGAUCUCCGCUUUCUUUCAAUUUUUUUUUUCAUUUCUCUUUAUUAUUUCUGUUAUUUUGAGAUUGCUUUCGUUUUUUUCUUUUUCGAAUAUAAGGCAUUUUUUCACUUCUAUUUGCAAUAAUAAUCCAUGGAUUGUUUUUUUUUUU